CCUGUCGGAAGGAAUUGAGUGUAGCGCAUGCGCUUUGCUGAUGUGGAAGUUCUGUACAGUGAUAAACAAACAAAUCAGAGAGAAAAACACUAACGUUAGUUGUUUGAUGGUACUUCAUAUAAUGGCAGUGAGCGCUGUACAUUUAGAGUCAGACGCAUUUCUAGUCUGUAUGAAUCACGCUCUGAGCACGGAGAAAGAGGAAGUAAUGGGGCUCUGCAUCGGCGAGGUGGACACAAACCGCAUUGUGCACAUUCAUUCUGUCAUAAUUCUGCGUCGGUCAGACAAGAGGAAAGACCGAGUGGAGAUUUCCCCCGAGCAGCUGUCAGCCGCCUCUACUGAAGCAGAGAGGUUGGCUGAGAUGACGGGACGUCCCAUGAGGGUUGUGGGCUGGUACCACUCUCAUCCACACAUCACUGUGUGGCCAUCACAUGUUGAUGUUAGGACUCAAGCAAUGUAUCAGAUGAUGGAUCAGGGUUUCGUUGGCCUCAUCUUCUCAUGCUUUAUAGAAGAUAAAAACACUAAGACUGGUAGAGUUCUGUACACCUGCUUCCAGUCAGUACAAGCCCAGAAAGGCUCAGAGUAUGAACGGAUUGAGAUCCCCAUCCAUGUAAUCCCACAUGAAGCCAUUGGGAAAGUAUGUCUAGAGUCUGCCGUGGAAUUACCCAGGAUCCUCUGUCAAGAAGAACAGGAUACAUACAGAAGGAUUCACAGUUUAUCUCAUCUGGAUCCAAUCACAAAGAUACAUAAUGGAUCAGUGUUCACUAAAAACCUGUGCAGUCAGAUGUCGGCCAUAAGCGGCCCGCUGCUGCAGUGGCUGGAGGACCGUCUGGAACUGAAUAAACACAGUAUCAUCAAACUCCAGGAAGAGAAAGAGCGACUGACACAAGAACUGGCUUCAUUAUAAGGAGAAUAAAAGGAAGCAAUGAGAGUUUUAACAGAUCUGCCCUACUGCCAUAUUUUUUUCAGGAAUCAAUGGGAGGGCAAAUACCAGAUGUCUGUAAUUUCACAUUCUGGGCCUUCAGCACAUUUGUAAUGCUCUAAAAAAUGUCUUGUUGCUUCCAUCCAGAGAUUUGAAUUACUGUCUGACUCUGUCAUAUAUAUAUGUAUAUAUAUAUAUAUAUAUAUAUAUAUAUAUAUAUAUAUAUAUAUAUAUAUAUAUAUAUAUUUGAAGAGUUCAGAUGCAAAUUCCUCCUAAAGUGCUGUCUGAAAUGUUCAUCUAAAAUGAGCGUUUUUAUCAGGCUCCUAUAUUUAUGUUCAAUUAUUUCACUUUAAUGGCACAGAAAAGUACCUGUACAUUGCCAUUGAAGUAAAUUGACUGACCCUAAGUGUAGGAGCCAUAUAUAUAUAUAUAGGUUGCUGGUUGUAGAUUUAUUUUUUUCUCUUGUUACUGAUUUGAUUCUGAAGUGUACGGUAAAAUUGACAGACAUUAUUUACUUAUGCUAUUUUUUUAAUAAGCUGUAAGUCACUGAAUGUACAUACAUGUCAAUUUAAAAUGACAGUGUCAAAUAAAAGUAUGCAUCUCAAAAUUUUAGAA